GCUGUAAACCACUAGUCCUGUUGCCAACCAGAGGACAAGUGCUGCGGUUUGGGUCUUGUGCCUCCACCCCCUCCCCGCUGAGCCCUAUAACUUUCAGGCUGGACACCCCUCUUGCCAAGCCAAACCCGCUCGGUGUCCUUCCCGCAGAGACAGCAUGGCUACCCAGUGCCUUUGUCUCCUGCUUUUCACCUGCCUGCUGGCCCUGACAGCAUCUCUUCCUGCCCUUGACAUAAAAAACUUGCAUCUACUCAAUGGCACACUGGAUGAAAUUAUGAAUGUUCCCCCUGAGUCCUCCCAGCUCGAUGAUGGCGACAAACAUGUCCGGCAGGUCAGAGACGUUGCCCCUCACCCACCGGCGGGCCGUGGUUGGCCCAAAGACUGCAGCGAGAUCCCCGCUGGUAGCCGCAGUGGUGUCUACAUUAUUCAGCCAAAAGGGCUUCACCACCUCGUGGUGUACUGUGAAAUGAACGUGACGCACGGGGGCUGGACGGUCAUCCAGAGGAACCAGAAGGACACACCAGUCACCUGGGCCGAGUCCUGGAGCACCUACAAGUACGGCUUCGGGAGCGUGCGUGGCGAGUACUGGCUGGGCACUGAGUACAUCCAUCAGAUCGCCAAGCAGAAGGUCUACCAGGUCAGGUUUGUUAUUCAGGACUCCACAGACAGCACCAGCAUCGCAGACUACAACCUUUUCAGCGUGGAAGAUGAGUCCCAUGGCUACCGGCUGAGGCUGGGCUCCUACUCAGGGACAGCAGGGGAUGCCAUGACCUCAGACAAUCCCAAGACCAUGCAUGACAACAUGAAGUUCUCCACAAAGGAUCGGGAUCAGGACACUUACAGUAAGAACUGUGCCUACAGCUACGAGGGUGGGUGGUGGUUCUCAGCAUGUUAUUCUGUACGGUUGAAUUUUAAGGGUGGCAUGACAUGGGGCGACCUGUGCAAAGGGAACUGCAAAUCCUCCCUUAUUCUCAUCAAACCAGCUGCAUAUUGUUAGUGCUUCUUCACCCUCCUGUCCACACUGGACACUCUGCGAAGGCUCUGCAUGGCCAAAGAGCUUGAGCCUUCUGGAGCAGGGGGGAGCCCAAGUGAAGUAGGGUUUUAGUGAAAUGCCACUUUCCAUUUCCCUGCUCUGAGUGCAGGCUCCCCUUCUCCUCAGCUCUUUUCCCCUGUGCUUGCCAAUGAUUCCUUAUUAUUAUGAUCAUGAUCAAGAAUAAAAACAUCACUUGUGAAAUCUGUGGAUUCCACAUGUGCCUUCCCUCGGGAGAAAGACACUCAGCCCUGGAGUAACUUUUCACCAGAGUUUCUUAGCUGUCUCCAGAACCCUCAACAAGCAAAAAGCUGCAUGCUACAAAUUUCCUUAUACUCUGUGCCUCUCUACAGCAUCUGAUAAAGCAUCCCAAUAAAUUUGCUUCCUUGA